AGGGGCAGGCGUUCGCUACAGUAUUUGAUAACAAGAACCGGAAACUGGGAACGGUGCAGUAUAACUAGAGAGACGGGCUGCUGUCUGUCCUUGCCGAUCCAAACCGGCCUCACCUAUUAUCUGCCUGAUUGAUCUGUGGCCAUUUUCAUCGACCAUGGCGUCACGGCAGCUUCGACUUUUGUCGCUGCCAUCUGGCAUCACACGCGCAGCUUUCUCUGCCAACAAACCCAGGUUACAACUCGCGCCCAGCAUCCCGAGAGCUACCGCCAUGUCAACCAUGGCUGCCUUCAAGAUUCCCAAAGUGGCCAACGAGCCCAAUCAUCACUAUGCCAAGGGCUCUGCACAAAGAGCGGGCUUAACAGCAGCUAUCGACGCGCUGCAGAAGAAGGGUGCGCUCGAGGUGCCUCUGGUCAUCGGCGGCAAAGAGAUCAAGACGGAUUCCAAGGGGAAGCAGGUUAACCCGGCCGACCAUCAGACAGUCGUCGCAACCUACUCAUUGGCGUCGCCAGACCACAUCAGAAAUGCCAUCCAUUCCGCCCUGGAGGCCAAGGCCAAUUGGGAGUCGUUGCCGUUUGUCGACCGAGCUGCCAUCUUCCUGAAGGCCGCAGACUUGAUCAGCACCAAAUACCGCUAUGACAUCAUGGCCGCAACGAUGCUAGGCCAGGGCAAAAAUGCCUGGCAGGCCGAGAUCGAUGCAGCUGCCGAGCUCUGCGACUUCCUCCGCUUCAAUGUGCAGUAUGCUGAGGAACUCUACGCUCAGCAGCCCGUGCAUAACUCUCCCAGAAUGUGGAAUCGCGUCGAGUACAGGCCGCUCGAGGGAUUCGUCUACGCCAUCAGCCCCUUCAACUUCACCGCCAUUGCCGGCAAUCUUCCCGGUCUGCCAGCUCUGCUCGGCAACGUCGUGGUCUGGAAGCCGAGCGACUUUGCCAUUGCCAGUAACUGGCUACUGUACAAUAUCCUGCUGGAGGCGGGCCUGCCACGGGAUGUUAUCCAGUUUGUACCAGGAAACCCGGUCGAGAUAACCAAGGAGGUGCUGGCUCACAGAAGGUUCGCGGCGCUGCACUACACGGGCAGCACUGCCGUCUUCCGUAAGCUGUACGGCGAGAUCGGCGCGGGGGUGGCCGAGGGUCGGUACGAAUCGUACCCUCGCAUUGUCGGCGAGACAGGCGGGAAGAACUUCCAUUUGAUUCAUUCCUCGGCCGACUUGGAGAACGCAGUCGUCCAAACGGUUCGCGGCGCGUUCGAGUACCAGGGCCAAAAGUGCAGCGCCACAUCUCGGUUAUAUGUGCCUGCUUCAAUCUGGCCACAGUUCAAGACGCGGUUGGUCGAGGAAACCGAGAAGCUGAGUGUCGGCAGCCCCUGUGACUACAAGAACUUCGUGGGUCCCGUGAUCCAUGAGGCCUCUUUCAAGAAGUUGUCCGGAGUCAUCGACGAGGCCAAGAGCGACACGGACUUGGAGCUUCUCACAGGCGGCACCUAUGACGGCUCAAAGGGCUAUUUCAUCCAGCCGACCAUCUAUCAGGCGCGAACCCCUGACCACAAGCUGUUCUCAACCGAGCUGUUUGGCCCCAUUCUGACCGUGUACGUCUAUGACGACACUAAGGACCCCGUCGCCGCCUUCGCCUCUGCGUGCGAGCUGGUGGACUCGGCCAACGAGUAUGGCUUGACGGGAUCCGUGUUUGCGGCCGACCGCGCUGCGGUCCGCUUCGCCGAGGAGAGGCUCCGUAACUCGGCAGGCAACUUUUAUGUCAAUUGCAAGAGCACCGGCGCCGUGGUGGGUCAGCAGCCGUUUGGGGGCAGCCGGGCAAGCGGUACCAACGACAAGGCCGGUAGCAUCAACAUUCUGAGUCGCUUUGUCAGCAUGAGGAGCAUCAAGGAGGAGUUCAACGCCACAACGCGGGUCGAGUACCCCAGCAAUGAGGUUUAAGCGUGGGGGAGCUAGGGACCAAUUCAAUACCCCGCCGUCAAAGGGCAGGAUAGAUGGGGGAGUGAAUUUCUAUUUGAUGCAUGUACGGAGUUGGGUUUGUUAGCAUUCGAUACAUCGUUAAUAGGUGUCAUUAAAUGAAGUUCACCA